GGCUGUGAGGAGACGCUCCCCGGGUCUCCGGAGCUCACGAGGCGGGUCCAAAAUCCGCAGAACCGCCGGGGGGAUCCGGGUUUCCAUCUGUACUUCCAGGAAAACACAGCAUAGCUCCGGCUGCAGGAGAGAGGCUCGGUUCGGUGUCCACAUCCCGGCGUCAUCUCACAGAAGCAUCGGCGGUGGUGCUGGAUCCUCUGGCGGGUUGCAUCUAUGCUAUAUAUUCUCCACUUUUCAUUUUAUCAUGAGCACAGAGGAGGGAGAGGCGUGUGGAGGGGAGGAGGUGAAGGGGGGCGAAACCCUCCCUCACAGCCACACCUGGGGGGAAGGAGAGCCUCACGGUGGCGGGGAAAGACGCCUGAACCCCGGGGAAGAGAAGGAGGAAGAGCCGGGUGAGGAAGAGGAGGCCCGGAGCUGCAGGGAUGCAUGUGACGGGGGGCAUUUCUCCCGUGAGGAAGAGGAGGAGGAAGUGGGGGUUUUGAGGGGGAGAUCGUGCAAGGAGCAGACGAUGCAUUCAAACAGCAGCAGUGAGACCUGCAUCCCGACCCCCAGCUGCAGGAUCUGCUUCCAGGGAGCCGAGCAGGGCGCCCUGCUGAACCCGUGCCGCUGCGACGGCUCGGUGCGCUACACCCACCAGACCUGCCUCCUGAAGUGGAUCAGCGAGCGCGGCUGCUGGACCUGUGAACUCUGCUGCUACCGCUUCAGCGUCAUCGCCAUCAACACCAAGAACCCCUGGCAGUGGCAGUCCAUCACCAUCACGCUGGUGGAGAAGGUGCAGAUCAUCGCGGUGUUUCUGGGCUCUCUCUUCCUGGUGGCCAGCAUCUCCUGGCUGCUGUGGUCGGCUCUCAGCCCGCAGGCCGUGUGGCAGCGCCGCGACGUGCUCUUCCAGAUCUGCUACGGCAUGUACAGCUUCAUGGACCUGGUCUGCGUAGGUUUGAUCGUCCAUGAGGGGGCGGCGGUGUACAGCGUGUUCUUGCGCUGGCGGGCCGUCAACCUGCACUGGGACGUCCAGAGCUACAACAAAGCCAAGGACCUGGAGGAGACGAGCACCGGCCAAUCGGCACUCUCCCCCAGGACGCUGUGGUUACCAUUGACUACCUUUGCACCCGAUGGCCCUUUACGCCCCGGCACCCAGCUGGAGGUCCAGCCAUGGAGCUGCCUCUGUUUGGGGCCCUUUUGCCACCCCCGAAACCCCCUGAGGCGGGACAGGGACUCGGGGCAGGAGGUCAUCCGGGUGACGUCGGUGUGACACCAGGCGGGAUUUAUGCUCCUGAUGGUUUUCACUGGGGGGCAACUGGGCAGUUUCAUCAUCUUUCUCAUCAUGGAUUUACUACAUUUUUUCGCAGAUCAACCAGAUGUCUUGAAAAAUGUGAAACGGUCCCCAAACGAUAGGAUGUUACCGCUGUUUGUCCCCAAGAUAAGACUAAAGCCAAGUAUAUAUUUAUAUAGUCUUAAAGUUACAACUGGCCCUUUGAGUGCAACCAUAAUGCUGAUGUGGCCCGGCGAUGAAAUGGAGUUUGACCCCCCUGCUCUAGACCAUCGUGCAGAGAUUGUAAGAUUAACAACGUGUGACCAUUUUCAUUAUCAUACAACUCAUCAGGGUUUAAGACGGCACGAUUGGCUGAAGGAGAGUUCAUCAAAGCACUAUAACCCUUACAUUUGGCUAAAAUGACCAUAAAUGAUUGGGUAAGGCUGAUUUGAGGAAUCUUUUUAACGCUUUUGCAUCGUUUGGCACCAGGUCAGAUACGUAAGAGCUUUAAGAAAGUGUUACUGGGACAAUAAUUUUGAAGAAGUAUUAAAGGAAGUUGCCACAUGAAUACGGCAUUAAAGGUGGGGUAGGUCAUUUUGGAGAAACCGGCUCGAGAUCGCUAGAAUUUGAAAAUACACAGCCGGAGAAAAUCUGCCACUUCC